AUGGCGGUAUCAGUGGUGGCGAUGGGAAAUGUAUGGGAAGAUGGCGCAAGGGAUCCGGUUCUAGAUCAAAUACAAAUUUUCAAAGAAAAUACCGAGGGUCCUGUAGGAGUUUUAACUACCAGUACCGGGAAGCCUGUUUCAUACUGUGAAGCUAUCAGCACACUCAACACCCCGCUGGUGCACAAUGAAUUCUUCAUGGAAAUGUUGACUCACCUCAAUAGAGAGAGAAUUCCUGAGCGCAUCGUACACGCUAAAGGCACUGGAGCUUUCGGUUACUUCGAAGCGACACAUGACAUAUCGCAUAUUUGCAAAGCUGACUUUCUAAAAAAGGGAAAAAAAACGCCGGUUGCUAUGAGAUUUUCAACAUCGAGAGGGUCCAGAGGAAGUUCUGAUCUAGACUUAAAUGUUAGAGGGCUUGCAGUGAAAUUUUAUACUCGUGAAGGAAAUUUUGACAUAGUUGGAUUCAACACGCCUGUCUAUUUAUACAAAGAUCCUCUUCAUGUUCUACCAGUAAUUCGUGCAUCAAGAAAAAGUCCAGUGACAAAUGCUCUUGAUUUGAAUAUGAUAUGGGACAUGAUAACAUCAAUUCCUGAAUCAUUGCAAAUGCAAAUGAUUGUUUUAAGCGGUCGUGGUCUUCCAAAAAGUUACGUGAAUAUGCCCGGUUUUGGAAUUCAUACAUACCAGGUUGAAAACAAAUACAAGGAAUCAUACUUUACGAGAUUUCACAUUUUGCCAGAUGCUGGCAUUAAGAAUUUACCUUCCGAGGAAGCCAUAAGAAUUGGAGGUUUGAAUCCUGACGCGUUAACUGUAGAUUUGUACGGAAAGAUUGCCAAUGGAACCUGUCCUAGUUGGACAGUUAGCGUACAGAUUUUAACUUUAGACGACGUAAAAAAAGAAGGGGCUAAAAUAUUUGAUGUUACAAGAUCGAUUCCUCUAAAAAAGUAUCCAUUACAUAAAAUCGGAAAAAUUGUUUUAGAUAGAAAUCAUAAAAACUUUUUUGCGGAAAUAGAGCAGUUAGCAUUUUGUCCUGGUAAUUUAGUACCUGGUAUAGUCGGUGCGCCUGACAAAUUAUUUGAGUCACGUCGACUCGCUUACAGAGAUACGCAAUCGUACCGUUUGGGAGGAAGCUUUAACAACAUCCCUGUUAACUGUCCGUUCCAAGUGGAAACACACACGUAUAAUAGAGACGGCGUGCCUCCAACUGGAGACAAUCAAAGAGACGUUCCUAACUACUAUCCUAACUCUUUUCAUGGUCCUGCUCCAGUUAUGACAAAGCAUUGUUCAAGUCUAAUUAGUAUUAUAGAAACGAAGGCAGACAACUUCGACCAAGCUGGUGAGCUAUACGCCGAAGAGUUUACAGAUAGCGAGCGAGUUGAAUUAAUUAAAAAUGUUGUUUCUUCGCUGAAAACAGUGACUGACGUUAUUAAAUUUAGAGCGAUCAAAUUAUUUACACAGAUUAAUAGAGAAUUAGGUUCUCGCAUAGCACAGGGAAUGAAUAUCACGACGUAUGACUUAACUGGCCCUCUAGGAGUUUUAACUACCAGUGCCGGGAAGCCUGUUUCCUACUGUGAAGCUAUCAGCACACUCAACACCCCGCUGGUGCACAAUGAAUUCUUCAUGGAAAUGUUGACUCACCUCAAUAGAGAGAGAAUUCCUGAGCGCAUCGUACACGCUAAAGGCACCGGAGCUUUCGGUUACUUCGAAGCGACACAUGACUUAUCGCAUAUUUGCAAAGCUGACUUUCUAAAGAAGGGAACGAAGACGCCAGUUGCUAUAAGAUUUUCAACAACGAGAGGGUCCAAAGGAAGUUCCGAUCUAGACCUCGUUGUUAGAGGAUUUGCGGUGAAGUUUUAUACUCGCGAAGGGAAUUUUGACAUAGUUGGAUUCAACACGCCUGUCUAUUUAUACAAAGAUCCUAUUCAUGUUCUACCAGUAAUUCAUGCAACAAGAACAAGUCCAGUGACAAAUGUUCUUGAUUUCAAUAUGAUAUGGGACAUGUUAACAUCAAUUCCUGAGGGAUUGCAUGUACAAAUGAUUGUACUCAGUGGUCGUGGUCUUCCAAAAAGUUACGUGAAUAUGCCCGGUUUUGGAAUUCAUACAUACCAGGUUGAAGACAAACACAAUAAUCCAUGUUUUAUAAGAAUUCACAUUUUGCCAGAUGCUGGCAUUAAAAAUAUACCGUCCGAGGAAGCCGCUAGAAUUAGAGGUUUGAAUCCCGAUGCGUUAACUGUAGAUUUGUAUGGAAAGAUUGCUAACGGGACCUGUCCUAGUUGGACAUUCUCGUCGGAUACAGGUAAACCUUCGGAUAUUGGAGAGGGAAGUGGAGAAGAUAAAUUCUCAGGUAUUGGAAUUGGAGAAACUGGAUCGCGUUGUUCUGGUAUGGUUGUAGGAAGAAUAGGAUUUACUGGAUAUCUGGAAAGAGCGUCUGCUGCUGAAUUUAAUUUCCCUGUACGGCUGUAUGGAUACAGUGGGUACAGUGGAUACAGCGGAUACAGUGGAUACAGCGGAUACAGUGGAUACAGCGGAUACAGUGGAUACAGCGGAUACAGUGGAUACAGCGGAUACAGCGGAUACAGCGUUAAGUCCAUGUAG